AUGCCCAAGUAUGUCGGGACAAACUCUCCGUCGGAGGUGAACCUAAGCGACAAAGAACGGAAGGAGACGGAGGCGAGGGAAGCAACUGUUCUUGAUCAGCCGUCGAAUCGAGGUUGCCUUGACGGUGCCUACAAUACCAUUCUAGCAAUGAUAAGGGCCGACAAUUACGCCCGCUACAAGGACUUUAUCGUUGCGCAACGUCAUCUCAGAGUUGCCCGGCUGGAGGCCAUUUGGUGCAUGUAG